AUGCAGGCACGCCCGGAGAUCUGGAGAAAGGACGACGAUUGGAGUACAAUUAAGGAACAUGAUGAAAGAAAAAAGCGCCAAAAUCGACUCAAUCAGCGAGCUUAUAGAAAGAGAAACGAGAAAACAGAAGCUGAUGAUGGAAAACCCCGCCCAUUUAAAGUUGAGCGUUUUCGAAUCUCGGAACUGUCAACACCCUCGCGUGAGGAUAAAUCUCAGGAACAAUUACUUCGAGCGGACAAGACUUUGAAAGAAAGAGAUAACAAUUCCCGUAUCAAGACAGCAGUAGUGGCGAAGUUGGCUCCGGGGGCAUCAACAACGCCAUUGGUCGAGCUUGAAGUUGAUUCUCAAGAACUAUUUGAAUCAUUUCUGUCGGAUCCUCCAGAUAUAACACCACUUUCCGCAGCAAUCAUUGCUUCGAUCCGCUCCACAACUCCGCCUUGCAUAGUUCAACCAAUCGAGUUCCCUUUAUCAUCCGAUCACUUGAUACAUCUCAUCCACUACAACGUUUACCGGGCACUUAUAACCAAUAAGCAGCUCUUAAAAUCCCGAACGUACUUAACAAAACUAGACAACCAACUAGUUUACCCGUCUCAUCUCGACUUAUGCGAAGGUCUCUCGUUUCUUCUACCAAAGGAACAAGCUUCCCUUCCUUCGAACCUGGAACCGACGGCAGUGCAGAUGAAUGUACCGCAUUCAUCAUGGCUGAACAUGUUUCCAUAUCCGAAAAUUCGAGAUAAUCUUAUUGCACGACAGUAUCAUUUCAAUCAACUUGAUCUGUGCAAUGAUCUUUGGGGAGAAUGGUUCAUAGCUGAUCUUGGGAACUUGGUUACGCCAAGACAGCCGACUCCUGAGGACGACGACGAUGUCACAGCUGGGAGAACCGGAAUGAUUGUCUGGGGUGAUAGUUGGGAUCCAGCAGGCUGGGAGGUUACCGAGGCGUUUGUGAGGAAAUGGGCUUGGGUUGUGGAGGGUUGCGAGGAGAUAUUCGCUUCGACGAAUGUUUGGAGGGCAAAGAGGGAGUUGGCACCACUUGAUUUUUCGGCUCUUCGAGUGUCUUCGCCUGUGUCGGUCGAGAACUCUGAGUAUGAAACACAGGUAUCGACGGGUUCGUGGGAGGAGAUUUUGGAUUCUCAGCAGGGUGAAGUCUGGUCGUGUCCGAGAUUGUCGGGGAUGCCUACUCCCACGGAUUAA